AUGGAAGACAAAAAGCUAGCAACACUGUUGGCAUUGAAUUUCCUGUUCGCUGUGGCAACAGCUGAUUUCACCGCGAACUGCCCCCAAGAAUGCAAGUGUGUGUGGGCGAGCGGCAACAAGCAAGCCGAUUGCUCUGAAUCAAAUUUUCACGACAUCCCUAAAACUUUGAGCGCAGAAAUACAAAUACUCGACCUAACAGGCAACGAACUUUACGAAAUAACGCGACACGCUUUCGGAGACGUCGGAUUAAUAAACUUAAAGAAGCUUAUUUUGAGAGAGUGCAAGUUAAUUACUAUACACAAGAAUGGACUGAGCGGCCUCGCUAUUAUGAUCGAAUUAGACUUAUCGAAAAACGACCUCAAAACGCUUCACGCCGAUACGUUUAGAGAGACUUCGAAAAUAAGAUGGAUUUUGCUCAACGAUAACCAGAUUGAGAAGUUAGAAGAUGGGCUAUUCAAUAAUCUGCCAUUUUUGCAAAAAGUAGACUUAAGUAAUAAUCGAAUAGUUCAAUUGGGAUUGAAAACAUUCAUGAAUGUGCCGAAACUAAAUAUUUUAAGGCUCGACGGUAACAAAUUAGAGCACUUGAAAAUCGAUACAUUGAGUGCCCUCACUUCGCUAUCGAAUUUGGACGUCCACGAUAACCCUUGGCGAUGUGAUUGCUAUCUCCAACCGUUUCGUAAUUGGGUCAUCAGUAAAAAUCUCUAUACCUCACCUAUAGCUUGCAGUGAACCAGCUAAAGUUCACGGAAAACUUUGGAAGGAGUUGGAUUCUAAUGAUUUUGCUUGCAGGCCAAGCAUUGUGUAUCCUUCAGCUAAAACCACUUUAAGAUCAACAGAUACAAAUGUAACGCUUUCUUGCCAGGUUAAUGGCAACCCUCUACCAGAAGUGAAUUGGGUGUUGAAUGCUCAAAUCAUCGAUGGCACAUACAGGUAUCAAGGUGAAGUCAAAUACUACAUUACACAAAGUAAUUCAGAGAACAGCAAAUGGGUUAACUUGACUAUUAUCGAUGCUGGAACGACAGAUAAUGGUGAAUAUUUAUGUGUUGCCAAAAACCCCGGUGGUGUUGAGGAGCAAAGUCUUAUUUUAUCUAUAGCACCUACCACGCCAGGAAUUGUUGUACCGCCAGGAAUGGACACUAAUAUGCUACCGGUUUUAAUCGGUGUUUCAUGUACAGUAGCUAUUUUAUUAAUUCUCCUUGUCGUUCUUCUCUAUUGUUGUUGUCGCAGAAGAAGUUCAGAAAAGAAGAAAGGAGACGCAUCUAACGGCGAAGCGCUGAUAGAAGGUUCAGUGAUACCAGAAAUGGAGAAAAGUUUAAUUACAGCAGUUAACCCUGUAACUAAACCUCCGAGAAGAUACGAUAUACCCCCUUCAAUAACGAGUGGCGCCACAGAGAUGUCAGAAAUGAACAAAACCCUUUUGGAUAAUGAUUCGGUUUUUGCUCACAACGACGACGAGAAACGGUCUCUGGACUUUGAGCAACAGAUUAAACGAUCACAAGAUGCUCUUAACGUAGAAUAUGGACGCACUGAUGGACGUGCAUACCCGCCAGAUCUCCUCGCAUUCCCAGCAAGAGCAGCUCAGAUAUCUCCUGCAGCAAGCAAUGCUUCAACAGUGCCUGAUACAAGCCGUUUGCAAAUUAAUCCUGUCAGUCCAAUACACUCUCCUAUUUAUGGUGGCGCAACGAAUCAAAAUAUAUUUAGGACUUUACCUUAUUCUCGUUCGCAGUCUCCAUUUACGGCACCCAUAACACCUCCAAAUAUCCCGCCAAGGCAAGGAUAUGUGACCAUUCCAAGAAGACCAAGAGUACCGAGCUGGUCGAGCACAGCCAGUACUCAAAUCCUUCCUAGCACUGAAGCUCAGGAACCAUUGUAUGAUAAUCUAGGCUUAAGGACUACAGCUGAUGGCAGUUCAGUACUUUCUUUGAAUAAAACAGGACUCGAACAACAAUUUUCCCCAAUGAGAAACAGGCCACUACCAGCGACACCUACAGUAUAUCCGAAUGUUCAUCAGUUAUAUUACGCACCCAUUGAGGAACUGGAACCGGCUCCUUCACCAGUACCACCAGCGUUCAUACCCAACAGAAACAGUAUUAGUUCACAAUUAUCUACACAGUUGUCUACGCCUGGUCCUCAAGAGCCUGUUAGUCAACGAAUGAGCUGGACGGCAAAGAGCACAUCUACACCCCAGCCAGAACCCAGAAAAGCUUUGUUUACUAAUACCGAUAACAGAAACUCGGAUGCCCAAUCUCAAGUUUCAGAAAGCAGCACUUUGAGUCGUAAGGGUAAACCUGAAACUGGGUCCUUAAGGAAAAACAUUAGAACAGAUAGCAAAGAGGAUCCAAGUUCACCGGCUAAAGAUGACACAAAAAAGAAUGAAAGCAACGUGUCGUUGAACCAAUCGGGAACUUUGGGGAGGAGUGGAAAGAUUCCUCCAAGACCACCGCCUAAACCCAAGAAAAAGCCACCCUCAGAAGUAAAUCCCAACGAACCUCUGUUCGAAGACGAAGGAGAGGACGGUACGGAAGUGUAG